CUUCUCUUUUAUUCCAUUAUUUUUGCACACUCGUUCUCCUCUCGUCGCCUCCGUCUAUUUCCACGGCGAGCUUGCGAUCGUCCGCUGUAUGAUUUUAACCGCCAUCUCUCUGGCUUGAAAGCAUUAUCUUCUCACUUUCUUCACAGUUACUUGGGCUUUAUUCUUCUUAUUCUGCUCUAUUCGUUCGGUGUACUCUCGCAAUUUUUCUGUAAACCCUCGGAAAUUUCUCAAGCAAUUCUGAGUUUUUUCAACCUUCUUUGUCCGUCGAUCCGAAUAUAUCAGCACUUUCCACUGAAGGCUUGAUCUCGAGGCGUUUGGAGAUGGAAGUUGAAAAGUCUAAAUCGAGGCAUGAAAGCAGGGAAGAGAGAGCUGACAACGAGGUUUCUCCUGUUAGAGAACACAGAGAUGGAAGGAGGAAAGCAAAGGAUCAUAGGAGCAAGGAUAAAGAAAAGGACUAUGACCGAGAAAAGAACAAGGAUAAGGAGCGUGAAAGGGAAAAGGACCACCGCAGGGAUAAGGAGAAAGAUAGGGACCGAAAAAGAGAUAGAGAAGGAGACACUGAGAAGGAGAUCUCUAGAGGUAGAGAUAAAGAGAGGGAGAAAGAAAAAACCAGAGAUCGCGUAAAAGAAAAGGAGAAGGAGAAAGAAAGAGAUAAUCAUAAAGAUAGAGAAAAUGAGAAAGAAAAAGACAAGGAUAGGUCACGAAUGAAGGAGAGAGCGAGUAAGAAAGGUCAUGAAGAUGAUGAUGAUACUCAAAAAGCUGCUGAAAGAUAUGAACAUUAUGACAACAGAGGUCUAAAUGAAGGUGACGAUAAUGUUGAUGUUACAUCAAGCGGCAAAGAAGCAUCUGCGUUGGAACUUCAGAAUCGCAUUUUGAAGAUGAGAGAGGAAAGAAAGAAGAAAGCUGAAGAUGCUUCUGAUGCUCUAUCAUGGGUUGCAAGGAGCCGUAAGAUUGAGGAAAAAAGAAAUGCUGAGAAGCAAAGGGCACAGCAACUCUCGAGAAUAUUUGAGGAGCAGGACAACCUUAAUCAAGGUGGAAAUGAAGAUAGCGAGGAUGGCGGGCAUCUAUCCGGUGUUAAAGUUCUACAUGGUUUGGAGAAAGUGGUGGAAGGUGGAGCAGUUAUCUUGACACUAAAAGACCAAAGUGUCCUUGCUGAUGGAGACGUUAACGAUGAGAUUGACAUGCUAGAAAAUGUGGAAAUUGGAGAACAGAAGCGUCGAAAUGAAGCUUAUGAAGCAGCCAAGAAGAAAAAGGGAAUAUAUGAUGACAAGUUUAAUGAUGAUCCCACGGUAGAAAAGAAGAUGCUUCCGCAGUACGAUGAGCCUGCUACGGAUGAGGGGAUCUUAUUGGAUGCACAGGGUCGCUUCACCGGUGAAGCUGAGAAGAAGCUGGAGGAGCUACGUAAGAGAAUUCAGGGUCAGACAACAAAUACUUUUGAAGACCUUAACUCGUCAGCAAAAGUCACAUCAGAUUACUUCUCACAUGAAGAAAUGCUACAGUUCAAAAAACCCAAGAAAAAGAAACAAUUGCGGAAAAAGGAUAAAUUGGACUUAAAUUUGCUUGAAGCAGAAGCUGUUGCAUCGGGAUUAGGAGCUGAAGAUCUUGGUUCUCGUAAAGAUGGCAAAAGGCAGGCCAUGAAAGAAGAGAAAGAAAGGAACGAGUAUGAAAAACGGAGCAAUGCCUAUCAGACAGCCAUUGCUAAAGCUGAUGAGGCAUCCAGACUACUCAGAAGGGAACAAGUUCAGCCUAUUAAAAGAGAUGAAGAUGAGAGUAUGGUGUUGGCCGAUGAUGCUGAAGAUCUUUAUAAAUCCUUAGAGAAAGCUAGGAGGUUAGCUCUCAUUAAGAAAGAGGAAGCUGGAUCUGGUCCUCAGGCAGUUGCACAUCUUGUGGCCUCCAGCACCAAUCAGACAACAGAUGACAAUAGCACCACCGGGGAUGAAACACAAGAAAAUACAGUGGUUUUCACAGAGAUGGGGGACUUUGUUUGGGGUCUCCAGCGCAAUGAAGUUGCGCGGAAGCCUGAAAGCGAAGAUGUGUUUAUGGAAGAAGAUGUAGCACCCGAAGCUCCUGUUGAAGUAAAAGAAGAGCAUCCCGAUGGUUGGACAGAAGUAAAAGAUACUGAUAUGGUUGCAGCAGAAGAUUCAUCAGAUACCAAAGAGGUAACUCCUGAUGAAACUAUACAUGAGGUUGCGGUUGGAAAAGGAUUAUCUGGUGCAUUGAAGCUUCUUAAAGACCGAGGAACCCUAAAGGAGAAGGUCGAUUGGGGUGGUAGAAAUAUGGACAAAAAAAAGAGCAAGCUCGUGGGUAUUGUGGAUGAUGAAGGAACUAAAGAAUCUAAAGAUAAAGAAUCUAAAGAUAGAUUCAAGGACAUCAGGAUUGAGAGAACUGACGAGUUUGGUAGAACUUUAACUCCAAAAGAAGCCUUUCGAUUACUCUCUCACAAAUUUCACGGGAAGGGACCUGGAAAAAUGAAGGAAGAGAAACGGAUGAAACAGUACCAGGAAGAGCUCAAGUUAAAGCAAAUGAAAAACUCAGACACACCAUCGCAAUCUGUUCAAAGAAUGAGAGAGGCUCAAGCUCAACUGAAAACUCCUUACCUUGUCCUCAGUGGCCAUGUCAGACCAGGACAAACUAGUGAUCCUCAGAGCGGGUUUGCGACUGUUGAGAAGGAUGUUCCAGGAAGCUUAACACCAAUGCUUGGUGACAAAAAGGUGGAGCAUUUCUUGGGAAUAAAGCGGAAAUCGGAGCCUGGAAACUCGGAUACACCACCAAAGAGACCAAAGCCUUGAAGGACACUUAUAGAUAAUCUUGCUUGCGUCUUUGCUUCACAUCGAUUUGUCUCUGGUAAACUCAUUUUCAGGAUUCUGAUUACGUCUCUGAUCUUUUGUUACAGUCUUUAGAAGAAGACAUAGCUCAAUAUAUAAAUUCAUGCGGAGACUGAUGAUAUUUUGAUGGAGUUGCCAAAAACGCGAAUUGGUUUGGUUUCAGUUCUUAAAAUCACACUUCUGUUUCUUUUCCUUUUAAAAUUUUGUUUUUAUCGCA